AUUCAGCCACCUGAACGUGUUUGUGACGUCAUCGUGGGUCGAGUUCUCGCCUACUGGGGCUUUUGUUUUGAAAGGGCCGGAAACGCCUGUGAAGACAACAGCUUCCGGUCGUUCUGGAGCCGCAGGUCCACGUCAGACCAGAGCGGAGCCGACAGACCCACAACGCAGAACCGGACCGGACCGGACCGAACCGUGGGAGCAUGGCGGACGAGGCCACGCGCAAAGCCGUCUCACAGAUCCCGCUGCUGAAGACGCACGCGGGCCCGCGGGAGCGCGCGCUGUGGCCGCAGCGGCUGAAGGAGGAGUACCAGGCUCUGAUCCGGUUCGUGGAGCAGAACAAGGCCGCCGAUAACGACUGGUUCCGCCUGGAGUCCAACCCGGACGGCACGCGCUGGACCGGGACCUGCUGGUUCGUGCACGAACUGCUUCGCUACGAGUUCGGCGUAGAGUUCGACAUCCCGGUGACGUACCCGGAAACGGCGCCGGAACUGGCGGUUCCGGAGCUGGACGGGAAAACCGCCAAGAUGUUCCGCGGCGGGAAGAUCUGCCUCACCGAGCACUUCGCGCCGCUGUGGGCGCGCAACGUGCCGCGCUUCGGGAUCGCGCACCUCAUGGCGCUCGGGCUCGCGCCUUGGCUUGCGGUGGAGAUCCCGGACCUGAUCAGCAAAGGUCACGUGGUCCACAAGGAGAAGUCACGGGACGUAGCGGAGUGACGUCAGAGCCCGAAGGCGGCGAUACGUGAUGGAAAAAGGUGAACAGGGUUCUGGUUCUGGACGGUCGGGUUCUGUGGAACCUGCUCCACACCAGCGUCUGGCAUUCAGAACUAGGUUCUACAGGAACUUGGGUUCUGGAUCCACUGUCUGGUUCUGUGAGAGGAAAGUUGUAGAACACCUGCCGUCAGGGUUCUGGUUCUAAGUGACCACAUGGUUCUGUAACGUUCUGAUGUCAGUCAGAACCGCGUUGUACACAGAAAUAAAACAAGUUCUGGAUCAGA